AUGGCGUCGUGCUUCACGUUCAUCAUGAUCUUCCUACUGCAGACCAUAAUAAUCUUAGCAUCUCCCCUCCAGUCUGCAUCACACUCGUCAACCCAGCACCUCUUCAAACGCAGCACCUACGAACUGAGUUGCCUCCCAGAACUCCCACCAGGCCCCUACCCUCCCUCCCUCAACAUGCACCCCUCAGGCACCAACCCCGACGGCAGCACAAUCCUCUCCUUCUCCGACGCCUGGGGCGAGCAGCAACAGCUCUUCCGCUUGACUGACCUUUGUGACCGCGCAGGCUGCCACUGCCAAGGCGCCGAGAUGCUGUGUUUCAACUGGGGCUACGUGUUAUUCGAGCAAGCCUUGUAUGAGGCGUAUCGGGAAGAUUGCGAGAAUGCCUGCUGGUGCCAGGAGGAGGCAUCGACCGAGUCAGAUUCAGAGUCGGACGAUAGCAGUGUCUCGUGGUCAAGUUCCGACACUUGGUCGAGUGCGGAUUCCACGUCAAGGGAUGUGGAUUGGGCGGCGGAGAAUGCACAGUUGUUGAGGAAUUAUUAUGCGAGUGUCGUUAGGACAUUUGAUACUUCGACUGGUGUUGCCCCAAACAGGCUCAACAAUGGUAUUCCAUGCCGAGCUGGUCAAGCGGCAGGGUGGGUAUUCGCAAGCGGUGCAUCUGGCAAGUGCUGUCCAGGGUAUUCCUACACUGCGCUGACUGCAUCGGAGGCAUAUGUGCUCUAUGGACUUCCGAUUGGGUCUAUCGUGGCUGGUGUGAGGUCGAUUGGCAUGUGCUUGAAAACCGUGUCAGGGUGA